CAUCCCCUCCACACGCCCCUACCCUUCUCUCUUCUCACCCCACCUCAUCUCUCUCCCUCUCUCUUCCCCACCUCCAUGGCCGCCUCUUCUUCUCUGCUCUCCCCUCCGUCGAUCGCCGCCCCCCCAAUCCGAAACCCUAAUAGAAACAGAGCGAAUUCCUCGCUUCUCGAUCGAGGGCUAGGGCUAGGGCUAGGGCUAGGUUUCCUACCCUAUCGAACCUUAGCCCGCCCCACGAAACCCUCCCUCCGUAUUCGUGCCGUCCAGACCGACCGCCGGCCUAGCCGCCCUCCCGGCGGUGGCGGCGACUCCGGCGAUGACCCUAUCCAGCGAUUCCUGAAGCGGGACUACAAGUGGGGCUUCGUCUCGGACAUCGAGUCCUUCUCAAUCCCCAAGGGUCUCUCGGAGGACACCGUCCGCUCUAUCUCGGCCCUCAAGGGCGAGCCCGAGUGGAUGCUCCGCUUCCGCCUUGACGCUCUCCGCCGCUUUCUCUCCCUCCGCGAGCCCCGGUGGUCGGACAACCGCUACGCCCCCAUCGACUUCCAGUCCAUCUGCUACUACUCCGAACCCAAGCGCAAACCCAAGCUCCACUCCCUCGAGGAGGCCGACCCCGAGCUCCUCGCCACCUUCGACCGUCUCGGCAUCCCACUCAACGAGCAGAAGCGCCUCGCCAACGUCGCCGUCGACGCCGUCUUCGACUCGACCUCCAUCGCCACCACCCACCGCGAGGCCCUUGCCGAGAAAGGCGUCAUCUUUUGCUCCAUCUCCGAGGCCAUCCGCGAGUACCCCGACCUCGUCCGUCGCUACCUUGGGAGGGUCGUGCCUCCGGGGGACAACUAUUACGCCGCCCUCAAUUCGGCCGUCUUCAGCGACGGCUCCUUCUGCUACAUCCCCAAGGACACCAUCUCGCCCAUGGAGAUCUCGACCUACUUCCGGAUCAAUGACCGGGAGACGGGCCAGUUCGAGAGGACACUUAUAAUUGCCGAAGAGCGGAGCUAUGUGAGCUACUUGGAGGGCUGCACGGCGCCGUCCUACGACAAGAACCAGCUCCACGCCGCGGUGGUGGAGCUGUACUGCGCUGAGGGGGCCGAGAUCAAGUACUCCACGGUGCAGAAUUGGUAUGCAGGGGACGAGGAAGGGAAUGGUGGAAUCUUCAAUUUCGUGACAAAGAGGGGCCUUUGUGAUGGUGAUCGGUCCAAGAUUUCGUGGACCCAGGUGGAAACUGGGUCUGCGAUAACGUGGAAGUACCCGAGUGUGGUUCUGAAGGGGAAUGAUACGGUGGGUGAGUUCUACUCGGUGGCCCUGACAAAGGAUUAUCAGCAGGCUGACACUGGAACAAAGAUGAUUCAUGUAGGGAAGAAUUCGAGGAGUAGGAUCAUUUCCAAGGGUAUCUCAGCAGGGAAGUCGAGGAAUUGCUACCGUGGCCUUGUUCAGGUCCAGCCCCAGGCCGAAAAUGCCCGGAAUUUCUCACAGUGUGAUUCUAUGCUUAUCGGCGACACAGCCGGCGCCAACACAUAUCCAUACAUACAGGUAAAGAACCCUUCAGCCCGUGUAGAGCAUGAGGCAAGCACUUCCAAGAUUGGCGAGGAUCAGCUAUUCUAUUUUCAGCAGAGGGGAAUUGAUCAUGAAAAGGCUGUUGCAGCCAUGAUUGGUGGAUUCUGCAGGGAUGUUUUUGACAAGCUUCCUCUAGAGUUUGCCUCAGAAGUGAAUGCGCUAAUGAAUCUAAAGCUGGAGGGGUCUGUGGGAUAACUGUGGAUUCUUGCUGUGGGUGGGCCAGAGAACUUUUGUUUAGAACGCGACUAAAGGUCAACUGUUGUAUAGUACGAAAGGGAACGAUUAUUAGUUAAUGGGCAUGCAAUUUUCCAAAUCUUGUACUAAUAUCACAAGUAAUGUUACAGGUCUUCAUUUUCUUUAUCUCUUCUUGUUUUGUCAGUGAGGAAUCAGCUGCUUAGUAUGUGAAUGGUUAUGAAAUUGUGAUAGCUUAUUUAUGAUGAGUUAUAUGUACUAUUAUAAAAAAAUUUAGCAC